AUGGGUACGACGAAAAGACUGAAGAUCACAGUGGUCGGCGAUGGUAUGGUUGGCAAGACCUGUUUGCUCUACGUGUACACGAAAAAUGAAUUUCCAGAGGAAUAUGUGCCUACAGUGUUCGACAAUUAUGUCGGUCAUAUCACCGUGGAUGGCGAAGAGGUAGAGAUGGCACUAUGGGACACAGCUGGACAGGAGGAUUAUGAGAGAUUAAGGCCUUUAUCUUAUACAAAUACAAACUGUUUCCUGGUAUGCUAUUCAGUAGGUACACGCUCUUCAUACGAAAAUGUAAUCCACAAAUGGUAUCCUGAGCUCAAACACUUCAGUCAGUCUGUACCUAUUGUAUUAGUUGCUACUAAAAUAGAUUUGCGUAAUUCUAAUCAAGCGGUCAUAACGACUCAAGAGGGUAAAAAAUUAAAGAAGAAAAUCCGGGCUUUGCAACUAGUGGAAUGUUCGGCACUAGAACGAGUCAACAUGGAUCAGGUAUUUGAAGAGGCAGUGAGGGCAGCGCUACGCAAAAAACCCAUACACAAACGUACGUGUCAAUACCUAUGA